AUGGCCGAACCCUCAAACAAAACCCAGCGACAAGACUGGAUCGACCUCCCUGAAGAAAUCACAGCUUCUAUACUGUCACGGCUGGGAGCCAUCGAGAUCCUGGUGACCGCUGUGUACGUGUGUACGACAUGGCGCAGAAUCUGCAUGGACCCUAGAAACUGGCUCACCAUCGACAUGCGCGACGAUUCGCUUUAUGGCAAGUCGUCCUCCUCGCGGUACCAGAUGGACAUGUUGUGUAGGAAAGCCGUUGAUCUUAGCUGUGGCAACCUCGUGGGGAUCAGUGUUCACAACUUCGGCUCCGACGAUCUCCUUAAGCAUAUCACUGACAGUUGUAGGGGAAUCAAACGGCUCUGUUUUGUGUUGUCUAACAUAACAACUAAUGGACUGAUUGAAGCAGCUCCAAAGCUGCCGCUGUUGGAGGAACUUGAACUUUCACACUGCAACUACAGACUCGAUAUUCCUCCCUUCGAACACACACGACAUGCCAAUGUUGAAGUGAUUGGCCGUUGUUGCCCUCGUUUGAAAUCAUUGAAAUUGAACAAGUACAACACUAAAUGGUUUUUUCUUGGGUGGGAUGGCGAUGCACAUGCUGUAGCAGAAACAAUGCAUGGUUUACACCACCUUCAGCUUUUCGGAAAUAAGCUCACUAGCAAGGACUUGCGCGCCAUUCUUGAUGGCUGUCCGCUGCUUGAGACACUUGAUCUGCGACAUUGUUGGCAUAUUAAUCUGGGUCGGGAUCGCUCCGGCCAUUUUGGUCUCGAACUGGAUGAAGAAUUAAAAACAAGAUGCCUUGAUGGUAUUAAAAACUUGCGGCUUCCUCAUGAUUCUAAACAUGACUAUGAACGUCUUGCCGCACGAAAAUUUGUCGACAACGAGUUCGUGGAGGAAUCUAUGGACUGGGAAUUCUAA